UCUCUCUCUCUCUCUCUCUCUCUCUCUUCGUAUAUAUGUAGAAGCGUGUAUAUACAUCGGUAUAGUGUGGUUUUAAAUUGGCAGAUCUAAUUGUUGUUUGAGCAAUCGUUGUUUGUGUCAUUUGGAGUUGUGAUUUGACUUUAAUUUGAUGGAGGUGGGAGUGGAGUCAGCGGGUAACGGUAAGGUUGCCGGAAUCGCGAUGGAUUUCCCGGCGAGUGAUGGGACGGCGUCGUCUUCGCCUUCUAGAAUGCCACGGAGACUUCGUCGGAGGUUUUCGGAGACCAAAACGGCGUCACCGACAAGUGUUGAGGAAAUCGAGGCCAAACUUCGUGGCGCAGAUCUUCGUAGACAGAAAUUCUAUGAGCACUUGUCAAGUAAGGCCCGGCUGAAGCCAAGGAGCCCCUCCCAGUCUUCAUCUCAUGAAGACGACCUUGGUCAGCGUCUCAAAGCAAAGCUUCAAGCUGCUGAGCAAAAAAGGUUGAGCAUUCUAUCAAAGGCUCAGUUGCGCCUAGCUAAGUUGGAUGAGUUGCGGCAAACAGCCAAAACUGGGUUAGAAAUGCGCUAUAAGAAGGAACGUGCAGAGCUUGGUACGAAAGUGGAAUCUCGGGUUCAGCAGGCAGAGACAAAUAGAAUGCUUAUCCUUAAGGCCUACUGCCAGCGGAGGGCCACACUAAACGAGAGGAUAUCUCAAACAUUAUUAAGAAGUAUGGUUCGAGAGAAUAAGUAUAAAGAGCGUGUGCAUGCUGCAAUUUGCCAAAAGCGUGCAGCUGCUGAGAAGAAUCGAUUAGGAUUGCUGGAAGCGGAGAAGAAAAAAGUACGUGCUAGGUUGUUGCAAGUGCAAAAGGUAGCCAAGUCUGUCUCUCACCAGAGAGAGGUCGAGCGGAGGAGAAUGAAAGACAAGUUGGAAGACAGACUACAAAGGGCAAAGAGGAAGAGAGCCGAAUAUCUAAUGCAGAGGGGAAGGCAUAAUUCAGGUCAUGCUAAUUGGAAUAAUAUGCUCGAGCAGGCUGACCUCUUGUCCAUAAAAUUAGCAAGGUGCUGGAGGCAGUUCCUUAAACUGAGAAGAACUUCCCUAGAUUUGGCAAAAGCCUAUGAUGCUUUGAAUAUCAAUGAGAGAUUCGUGAAGUUGAUGCCAUUUGAGCAGCUUGCGCUUCUGAUUGAAUCAACCACUGCUCUUCAGACUACAAAAGCUCUAUUAGACCGGCUUGAAAUCCGCUAUACACUCUCACAGGCUGCUGCCGCUACUACUAAUUUCCCCAGUUGGGAUGACAUUGACCACCUUCUCAAGCGUGUUGCUUCCCCUACUAGGAGGGAAACACCCAGGAAAUCUUCCCGGGGUAGAAACUUUAAUAAACCAGGGUCCACUAGAGAACCAACCAAAAGUCCAGUCAAAUUAUCAAGGUACCAAGUGAGAAUUGUGCUUUGUGCUUACAUGAUAUUGGGUCAUCCAGAUGCAGUUUUUAGUGGUCGAGGCGAAUGUGAGGUUUCUCUUGCCAAGUCUGCUGAGAAGUUUGUUAAGGAGUUUGAGUUGUUGAUUAAGAUCAUAUUAGAUGGGCCCAUACAGAGGUCCGGCGAAGAGUCUGACCCUACAUUGGCGAAACGGUUGACCUUUAGGUCUCAGCUUUCUGCCUUUGAUGCGGCAUGGUGCUCCUAUUUGAAUAGCUUCGUGGUGUGGAAGGCUAAGGAUGCUCAAUCAUUAGAGGAUGAUUUGGUGAGAGCCGCUUGCCAGCUUGAACUCUCUAUGAUUCAAACCUGCAAGCUGACCCCAGAGAGAGAUAGUGAUCCCCUUACUCAUGAUAUGAAGGCUAUCCAGAAACAGGUCACAGAAGAUCAGAAACUUUUGAGACAGAAAGUGCAUCAUUUGAGUGGAGAUGUUGGGAUAGAACACAUGGAAUGUGCUCUCUCUGACACACGAAUGAAAUACUUUCAAGCAUUGGAGAAUGGAAGCCCUAUAGGUUCGCGGAUCGCACACCUGUUAUCUCCAAGCCUACCUAGUUCCCCCACUUCUCCAAAUUCCGUUCCUAGCUCAAAUGAAAACAGUAAUGGAAUUGAGGAUAACGAGAGGCCAAACCAUGUAGUUCGCUCCUUAUUCAGGGAUGAAGGUUAUUUCCCUUCAAAAGAAGCUGGUACCUCUACUCCCAGCAGCAAUCAGUACCAAUAUUCUGGUGAGAAGUUGGAAAUGGAAAAUGAAUUGAUUGUGAAUGAAGUUGUUCACGGGCAGUGCCAUUCAUUUGCUGAUGACUUUAAUGCUGCCAAUGAAGUUGGGAGUAAUAUUAAGGCAAAGGUAAGAGAAACAAUGGAGAAUGCCUUCUGGGAUGGCAUCAUGGAAUCCAUGAAACAGGAGGAACCGAGCUAUGGCCGAGCUGUUGAACUUAUGAGGGAGGUGAGGGACGAAAUUUGUGACAUGGCUCCUCAAAGCUGGAAAGAAGAGAUCAUUGAAGCAAUUGAUCUGGAAAUUCUCUCUCAGGUGCUGAAUUCCGGGAAGCUAGACAUGGAUUAUCUUGGAAAGAUUCUGGAGUUUGCAUUGGCUACAUUGCAGAAGCUCUGCGCUUCAGCUAACGAGGAUGAACUAAAGCAAGCUUACCAGGAAUUAUUGAAAGAACUAGCUGAGAUAUGUCAGGCCAGAGGUAGCACAAGUAAUUCACAUGUCAUUGCAUUGAUCAAGGGUUUGCGCUUUGUGUUAGAGCAUAUACAGGCACUCAAGCAAGAAAUUAGCAAAGCCCGCAUAAAAAUGUUGGAACCAUUAUUGAAGGGUCCUGCUGGCUUGGAUUAUUUGAGAAAAGCUUUUGCCAACCGUUAUGGACCUCCAUCCGCUGCCUUGACAGCCCUACCUUUCACAACGCAGUGGCUUUUAUCUGUGAGGGAUAUUAAAGAUCAGGAAUGGGAUGAACACACAAAUGCUCUCUUAGAGUUGACAAGGAGACGGGAAAGUCCAGCUCAGAGACUUUUGCCUGAUACUGCCCUGAGAACGGGUGGAAGUGUCUUGGCCAAAAUAAGUGGAAGUCAAGUGGGUCAAUCUUCAGUUGUAGGAUUAGGUGAUCAACAUCCGGAAUGUAAGGGAGAAAUGGUCGAUUUGUCGGUGAGGCUUGGUUUAUUGAAGUUGGUAAGCAGCGUAUCUGGUCUGAUGCAAGAAGCGUUGCCUGAAACUCUGAAGCUCAACCUCCCUCGGUUAAGGGCUGUUCAGGCCCAACUUCAGAAGAUUAUUGUAAUGGCCACCAGCAUUCUAGUUUUGCGGCAGACUCUCCUCAGCGAACAAAAGGUGGGGAGCUUUGCAGUCAUGGAAAGCAUGGUAGUGAGCUGUGCCAAACAACUUUCUGAGCUCCUAGACACCGUUGAGGAUGCAGGUAUGAAAGAGAUCGUUGAGAUCCUCAGCAGAGUCGCAGAAGAGGUUGACAAAUCUACUGAUACCAUCAAACUUCAGUCAAGGAAGGAUGUUAUGACCAGAAUGUUAGCAAAGAGCUUGCAAGCUGGGGAUGCUGUUUUUGCACGGGUGUCCCGUGCAGUAUAUUUGGCUGCAAGAGGAGUUGUACUUGGAGGUACAGGGACAAACGGAAGAGAAUUGACGGAAAUGUCACUCCGGCAGGUGGGUGCAGCUGUUCUUACCGAUAUGGUGGUGGAAGCUGGAACAGUAAUGGUGAUAGCGGCUACCGUGUCGGGUAGUGUUCAUGGGCCAUGGUAUGCACAUCUGAUAGAGAACAUGUGAAGGACAACGCAAUACUUAUUGUUGUUAUGUACUGUUGGAAGGGCAGCUGUGUAUGGUAGGGGGUGUUAUAUUGUGUACUAAUUAGACAUGGAUAGAAUAAGUAGAGAUUGUAAAUAGUUGCUGAUAUGUAAUAAAAGACUGUUGGCGAAGUGUUUGCUAUGUUUCUUUCACCUUGUUCCAAAAAUCAACUUGAGUUACGAUGGCAGGCCUCGAAACCCACAGAACAGCGAACUUGGGUUGACAUGUGACUUGAGCAAAGCCUAUGAUUGAGUGGAAUGAAAAUUUCUAGAAAAAAUGAUGAUCGUUUUAGGUUUCGAUCCGAAAUGGGUUUCUUUAAUAAUGAGUUGCAUUCG